GCGAGCAUGCGCGCGCAAAGGAGGACGCCGUGCGCGCGCGCGAGAGGGAGCACGAGCGGGAGCAGAGGGAGCGCGCGCGCGAGGCGGAGACGCACGGGCACGGGCACGGGCACGGGGGCAGGUACGAUCGACAUAGCCGGUAUCCCGCCUGGAAUCACCCGCAGCCGCAGCCGCCGCGCGCGACGCGCGCGAGCUUCGUGCUCGCGCUCCCGAUUGGCCCGCAGCACGGUGCGCCAUACCACCCGCAGGCGUACACCCCGGGGUACCUGCGCGCGCGCGCGGGCCUCCAGCCGCAAACGCCUAUAGCGCCGCCGCCGCCAUCAUCCCAAGCGGGCAGGACGCGCGUCGUGCACGUGUCCACCACCACCACCACCACCAUGACAGGGCAGUCUUCGUGCGCCGAAGACCGCUUCACGUACGACUUUCCGAUGCCCCGCGCGCCCACGUCCCCUCCGCCGCCGCGCGUCGGCACAGGCGCAUACACCCACAACGUCGCGCUCGCCGCGAGCGUCCGCCGGCCCCCCUUUGUCCGCGCGUCCGCGCCCGCGGCCACGGCCCAGGCGCUCCCGAGGACGGGCCGCGGCCGCAGCUUGGUGCUCGGGCUCGCGGGCGGAGACGCGGACGGGGACGGGGAUGAGGGCGCGGACGACAGCGUGGUUCCGUUCAAGCAGGUGUUGAGCGCGACGCGGGGCGCGCUGUUCGCGGACGAGUCGCCCGCGACCGUGCCCUCGCAUUCUUCAUCAUCAUCGUCAUCAUCACCAUCAUCGUCAUCGUCAGCAUCUUUAGCGUCUCGUUCCCAGCGCCCCAGAAACUCGACCCUCCCCCGCUCACGCGCCAGCAGCCCCGAAAACCCCCCAGAAGCAGCCAACGCCACCGACGCCGCCGACGCCCUCAGCCCAAGCCCCGCACGGCGCCGCCCCGAGCUGCUCCGCACGCUCCUCGCAGAGGUACACUGGGCGCGCGACGAGCGGCGCCACACACGCGCCGGCGGCCACACGCGCACCGCGUCCGCGUCCUCGGCGGCGAAGCGGCCCCCGCCUUCCUCCGAGCGGAGGGCGGUGCACCCGCAGCUGCUCAUCGGCGCGUGCAAGGCGUGCGCGGUGACGGGCGUCCCGGACCCGUUCCUCGAGCUCGCGGCCGCGGCGGGCGCGGGGAGCACGGGGAGCGCGGGUUCGAGCGCCGGCGCGAGCUCGAGCUCGAGCUCGACGCUCGCCUCGUGGUUCUCGUUCGGCACGCGCAAGUCCGCGUCCACCGCCGCCUCGUCUGUGCGCUCCGCAAAGCAGCAGCAGCCGGCGCGGCGGGACUCGCACGCGGGCGCGGGGCCAGCACAGGGAGAGGAAGAGAGGGAGGAGACGCCCCUCCGCCACUCGUGUCGGCGCGGACAGUGUUUCGUCGCCGUCGAGCUGUGGGAGAGCCCGCUCGCGCCCGCGGGUGAGGGCCCGCCGGUCCCUGCGCCGCGGGUGCCGGCUUUGGGAGACGAGGGCGCGCGCGCGCGGACGCGGCGCGCGAGCGGGGUCGGGAUCGGGCGCCGGCUGAGCGUGUCCCUCGGGACCGUGCUGCGCGCCGUGGGGCGCGCGCAUGGUGCGUAUGUGCGCGCGGCGAUGCUCAGCGCGGGCGUGGACGCGCGAGCGCGCGACGACGCAGACGAGAACGGGGGCGAGGACGGGUGGGCGUGUAUGGCGGCUAGGCGGGACGGGUACCGCGUGCGGCGGGCGGACGUGGGCGUGUUUCUCGGUGUCGGGCCGGGUGGUGGGGGCAAGCCUAAAGCAGAACUGGCGAGGGGCAGGAGGCCGUAUACGCUGCACCCGCUGAUGCCGCUC